AUGAUAGUUUACAAUUAUACCAUCUACAUCAAAUAUAUUGCAUUCGCUGUAAUAACUAUAUCAUUGCCUUUCGUAGCUUUGAUUGUUUUGAAAUUGUUUCAAAAGUUUAGUGCUGGUAAAGUGAAGAGUUUAGUUUGUUUGAAUGGGAAAACAGCCAUCGUAACAGGUGCAACUUCAGCUGUUGGAUUCCAAACUGCACUCCAUCUAGCUUCGAGAGGAUGUCGCGUUAUCCUAGCAGAUAAAAAAGAACCGGCUAAAGCUAAAGCUAAGAUUAUAGAAGUUACAAAUAAUACAAAUAUCGAAACUAAACUUCUCGAUUUCACUUCAUUGCAAUCGGUGAGAAAAUUUGCUGAAGAAAUAAAAAGGGAAGAGGACAGAUUAGACAUUUUGAUAAACAAUGCCGAAGUUGGAAGUAGGGGAAACAAACACACUGACGAUGGGUUGCAUUCGACCAUGCAAGUUAAUUAUUUCGGACCCUUUUUGUUGACGCACCUUUUGGCAGAUCUGUUGAAAAAAUCAGCUCCGAGUCGUAUCAUAUUUGUUAGUUCCGCUCUGGCAUUCUGCAGCAAUUUGAGUUUGGAGAAUUUGAAUCUUCCUCCGGGACAAGCUCUAUCGUUAUUUCGUCAAAUACUCCUCUACGCAAACUCCAAAGCUGCAGUGGUAAUAGCUGCCAAUGGAUUCGCUGAUAAACUGAAGGACCACGGUGUUACCAGCAAUUCUCUACAUCCGGGCUUAAUAAAUACGAAAGGUUUCAGAAGAUCUGUUCGUAUUGAUGGUAUAAGGACUAUAUACAGAUUAUUGAGAUUCGCGUUUCUCUUUGUUUAUGGAAAGACUCCCGAACAAGGUGCCCAAACCGCAAUUCAUCUGGCUCUAUCUAAUCAACUAAAAGAAACUAGUGGCAAACAUUUUUGGGACUGUACAGUAUUUCCUCAACCUCCCGUAACAUGGAACAAGAAAUUCUGUGAUGAUAUUUGGAAGUCUAGCGAGCAGUUAGUUGAUCUUAAAGACGAAGAAAAGUUGUAA